AUGGAGGUAGCUGAAGCUUGCUCUAACAUAACCACUAGGGUUUUUCAUCCCCAUUCCACAAAAACCCAGCAGCGCCGGUUUCUUUGGAUCUUUAUCGGCUUCCUGCAUAAGUUAAAAGCAAAGAUGGUGAGAGUUAGCGUGCUGAAUGAUGCGCUUAAGAGCAUGUAUAAUGCAGAGAAACGGGGGAAGCGCCAGGUCAUGAUAAGACCUUCUUCCAAAGUUAUUAUCAAGUUUCUCCUGGUGAUGCAAAAGCAUGGCUAUAUUGGGGAGUUUGAGUAUGUUGAUGAUCACCGUUCUGGCAAGAUUGUGGUCGAACUGAAUGGAAGGCUGAACAAAUGUGGUGUGAUUAGCCCUCGUUUUGAUGUUGGCGUGAAGGAAAUUGAGGGAUGGACUGCAAGAUUGCUUCCUUCUAGACAGUUUGGAUACAUUGUACUGACCACGUCUGCUGGUAUCAUGGACCAUGAGGAGGCUAGGAGGAAGAAUGUUGGUGGGAAAGUCCUCGGCUUCUUUUACUAG